AUGUCGGAACUUAAGAACUGGACGCGCGAGGCCGAGAUCGCCGUGCUAGACGACGUAGCCACCGCCCAGAGCGACAGCUCCGGAAGCACUCCGUCGCCGCCCGGCCAGCCCUCGGAGGAGACACACGUCGACAGGCCCGAAACCCCGCCGCGACCAUGUUACCCAUCACCCAGCAUCCCGAACCUCCGCCUCCCCGGCUUCGCUCACAUCGACGGCGACGUCGACGGGCUCGGGUACAACGAGACCUCGGUCGACAUCGUCUGCGUGCCGUGUCCCGGCGCCGACCCCGUUGACACCUGGGCGCGCAACCCGCUUCCCGAGGGAUACUUCGGACGGCCCGGCGACGACGUGCCUACUGUGUCACCGACCAUCGGCCGCCAUUUUCCGAGGGCGACGCACCUCUGGGUCAGGCAAGGGAUCCGGAAGGAGGUCAGCAAGGCGCGCGUGCUGCUGUACCGCCACCGGGAGCUGGCGGACGGCGUCACCCUUGAAGAGCUCGCCGACGAUCUCAUCGAGCAGGUCUGGAGCGUGAGAUAUGGCCCCCAACGGUCGCGACCUCUCUUCUUCAUCGCCCAUAGCGUUGGUGGCCUGGUCGUCAAGAUGGCGCUCCUCAGGGCCACCAAGAGUGUGGAGCACAAGCCGUUCAUGUACAACUGUCACGGGAUCUCCUUCUUUGCAACCCCCCAUCGAGGUUCUAGCUACCUUUCGAUGAACAACCUCGAGGACAGCAUCCGCCGUCUUCUGCGCCUGCAACGAUCUCUCCCGCGCUCCAUCUCCGACUCCCUCCGGCUGGGCCACAAGCCGCUCCUCACGAUGCACGAGGAGUUCUCCAAGAUCGCCAGCGAGCUCAGGAUCUGGACCUUUUACGAGACGAUCGACUCCCAGCUGUCCGGCUCCGGCUCGACCAGCCGCGGACCGGCCAAGGAGGUCCGUUUCGGCGCCCCCAUCGCCUCCAUCAAGUCGUCGCUCGUCGGCGUGCGGCAGGAGCGCGUCUUCUCCCUCGACAGCGAGCACGCCAACUGCGCGUCCUUUGGCGAGGGGAACGCCGAAACCAUGGCCGGCUACCUGCGCGAGCUCGCCGCCGCCGUGGACAAGGCGACGGCGCUGAGCGAGAUGCACGUCCACACGCCCCUGAACCUCAAGACGCGCGUCAAGGUCGAGAUCAUCGGCUUCUUCGAGGACCCGGACGCUGAGAUGGAGUCUGCCAUCCGCCUGUACUUCACCAAGCUCCACCUCCAGGAGUUCCUCGAUAAAGGUCCCGAGCGGUGUCUGGAGGAGCGGCUGAGGCGGACGGCGCUGCGGCCGUCCUCCGAUCCGGGUCCGGCUACGGCUACGGUCCCGGCUGGGCCGGGCCAGGAAGACUCCCAGACGAGCAACAACGGUGGCCUCGGGAUCCUGUCCGGGUUCCAGGAGCUGGGACAAAAGAUCUGGCCGGGCCGCUCCGACUCCGGUAGCCGACCCAAGACCUCCGACUCGGAGAGUCAGGACUCGCCGGGGAUCGUCGUCACCCGCCCCUCCAUGGCCGGCGGUUCCAACUCGGCGCCCGUCGACGCCGUCCGGCGGAUGCAGAGCCUUAAGGUGCCGGCCCUCUCGCCGCCGGGAUUCGGCCGGCCGUCCAGCCGGAGCAGCAACGCCGAGAGCACGCGCUCAGACCCAACCGAACUGGAACUAUCUCCAAGGGCCGCCGCCAACGCGGAGCCGCCGGGGGUAGAGGUCGGCGUGGAAAAGAGCCAUUCCGAGCCGUUGUCCAGACGACAAGAUCGGCUGUCACGGGCUUCGGCCCUCGAUGACCUGACGGCUGGGUUUUCGAGGCCCGACCCGGCCAGCAGGAAGUUCAUGUGGAUACACACGCCGUUCACCAACCCGUCUUGGGUGAAGGAUGUCCUUGGAAAGUUGGCGAACUCCCACGAUCCGAGCUUCAUCAAAGUAUCCAACUCCGACAACUGGGCCUCGAAACAUGUCAUCGGACGGCAUUCCCAGUCCCAAGCAUCCUUCGUCAAGCCAGCCUGCAACUUUAUCCCUCCAGGAUCGGCUUCUUCGCCGCACCCGUCCCCGAGUCUGUCUGGCCGUACGAGCCCCGGCAGCGGGCCCUCGUCAGCCUAUCUGUACAUGUACCUCCCGUUCCUCCACUUCGACACAUACAUCAACGUUCUCCGCCGACGGAAUUUCAUCAAGCGCCGCAUGCAGCAUGGCCGUGCCCGCCCCGUCCCUCGGGAGAUCGCCGAGCUGGAGUCCGCGGAGCUGCGGAUGAUCUGGGAGUACAUCGGCUACGACCCGCCCCUCAACUAUCGCCGUACCCUCGACCAGUUUGCGUAUCCUUCGCUAAGAGACACCUGGGCCCGGGAUGACGACCAGAUGCUAUACAAGCUGACAAAGGAUCAUGCGCCCAGCGGCGCGGACCGGAACCACCUCGGUCUGCAGAGGAGACAGACGAGCGGUUCAGCGUGGAGUCCUAUCGAGAAGCUGACUCCCUCCAGCACGGAUCUACCGGAUGAGGAGCCGACAAACACGGAAGAUGAGGACCAAGACCUGGAGGCGGCCAUCAGGGACGGGAAAGUACUCAUGGUCGACCAGCUAUGGUUAUGGGCUAUCGAUACGACAACCCUGUCGACGUUCUUCAACAGGCGAGAGUCGAAGCCGAAAGAGGGACCGCUCUUCCAGCAGGCAGACCUCAGGAACAGCGUGUACAACGAGCUCAAUGGCGAUUUGACGGGGCGCUGCGAGAACGCGCUGGACCUCGCGGCCUUUAUCGUCCUCCACGCCGUCACCGUCCUGCUCGACCGGUCCUCGCACCCGGACCUGGAAGUCUUCAGGAUCUUCGAGGAGGCCAUCAGCAUGCUGACCGAACGAAUGACCUCCUCGCUCAAGCGCUUUCGCAUGCAGACGUUCAAGGAUUUCGGCGGCGGCGGCGGCGGCGGCGGCGUGGACUCGGACUCUGACACCGAUAGCAACCGGCCCGAGUCCAUCAAGAAGCGCCACAAGCGGGAGCUCGAGGAGGCCGAGCGCGAAAACCGCGAGAACACGUCGGCCCUCAUGGAGCUCCGCGACCUCGAAGACGAGCUCAAGUCCCUGGAGCGGCUGUUCGAGACCCAGGACGGCGUCGUGCGGAACAUGAAGGCCGCCCUCGAGAGCGACGAGGUGAGGCACCAGACGCACAACGGGCAGAUGUACCUCGACGAGGCGCUGCACAAGUUGGACGAGUACAAGAGCCAGACGAUGGAGAUGCUGAAGAGAGUCGACACGACGAGGAACGAUUACGAGAAGCUUCUCGAGAUGGUCCAGCGCAAGGCCCAGGUCGACGAGGUCCGCUGGUCACGCCUGCAGACCGAGCUUGCCUCCUCGCAGAACCUCUCCGUCAUGAUCUUCACCACCUUCACCGUCAUUUUCCUCCCCCUGUCCUUCUUCACGAGCCUGUUCGGCAUGAACACGGCCGAGUGGGAGGCCCAGGUCCCGAGCAUCAGAUUUGUGGGCGCCGUCUCGCUGCCGCUGUCCGCCUUCAUCAUCGCCGCGGCGCUCGUCGCCGCCUUCAGCGGCCGCGCGCAGGGCCUCGUGCGCACCGCGUACAAGGGCGGCAAGGGGGCCGUCGGCGCGGCGGGGGCGCUUCUCGGUAAGGUUGUGCCGCGAGAGAAGCGGGAACGGAGGCAAUCAAAGAGGGCGGAGAAGGCAGAGAGGAAGCCGAAGAAGAGGGACCGCGGGUACGACUUCUGGCAGAGCGUGAGGCGGGAGAGGGCGAGCGAGUAUCGCAUCCCGGAGGUGAACCGGAACAAGGCGAGAGUCUAG